CGGUUCCACCUCCCCCCUGCUUUCAGGGAACCGAGUGAACAGCUCACACAGCCCGCGACCCCACCCGGCCCGCUGCCUCUGCGGGCCCCUGUUCGGGUCCCCUCUCUUGGUGGAGGAGGCGCUCGGCGGACCUCCGUGUGUCCGGAGAGCCCCGCGACCCACGUCACGCUCGCUGCACGUGCCAGUUAGGCCAGCACGCUGGGGGCGCGGGGCGCACCCCCCUCCCUCCCGAAGUGAAGUAACACUGAAAGGCCGAGCGGAGGGGGCGGUGGCGGGAGGAAGGAGGCGAGGAAACACCACCAUAUCCCCGUUCGGAGAAAGUAGGGGAGCGAGUGGGCACCCGCCUGACCAUGGAGCUGCUGUGCUGCGAGGUGGACCCGGUCCGCAGGGCCGUGCCGGACGCCAACCUGCUCUACGACGACCGCGUUUUGCAGAAUUUGCUCACUAUCGAGGAGCGCUACCUUCCCCAGUGCUCCUACUUCAAAUGCGUGCAGAAGGACAUCCAGCCCUAUAUGCGCAGGAUGGUGGCUACCUGGAUGCUGGAGGUCUGUGAAGAGCAGAAGUGUGAAGAAGAGGUCUUCCCUUUGGCCAUGAAUUACCUGGACCGCUUCUUGGCUGGGGUCCCGACCCCUAAGACCCACCUGCAGCUUCUGGGUGCUGUCUGCAUGUUCCUGGCCUCCAAACUCAAAGAGACCAUCCCCCUGACGGCCGAGAAGUUGUGCAUUUACACUGACAACUCCGUCAAGCCUCAGGAGCUGCUGGAGUGGGAGCUGGUGGUGCUGGGGAAGUUGAAGUGGAACCUGGCGGCUGUCACUCCUCAUGACUUCAUUGAGCAUAUCCUUCGCAAACUGCCCCAGCCGAAUGAGAAGCUAUCUUUGAUCCGCAAGCAUGCGCAGACCUUCAUUGCUCUGUGUGCCACCGACUUCAAGUUCGCCAUGUACCCACCAUCGAUGAUUGCAACUGGAAGCGUGGGAGCUGCCAUCUGUGGGCUGCAGCAGGAUGAGGAUGUGAGCUCGCUCACUGGAGAUGCCCUGGCGGAUCUGCUGGCCAAGAUCACCAACACAGACGUGGACUGCCUCAAAGCCUGCCAGGAGCAGAUUGAGGUGGUGCUGCUUAACAGCCUGCAGCAGUUCCGUCAGGAACAGGAUGCAUCCAAGUCGGAGGAUGAACUGGACCAAGCCAGCACCCCUACGGACGUGCGGGAUAUUGACCUGUGAGGAUGUCAGUCGGGCCGAGUGGGAGAGACAUGUUCAACUCUGCUCUCUCCUUCUCUCUGGUUGUGUUUUGUUCUUUAUGUUUUAGGAUGAAACUUAAAAAAAAAAAAAAAAAAAAAUUCCACCCCCACCUAGACCAUAUUGGAAGAUCUUUUAGAAAGUGAGAGAAAAAGGUCCUAUAAAAACAGAAUAAUUAAAAGCAUUUGGUGCCUAUUUGAAGUACAACAGAAGGGAAUCCCUUGUAUAUGCGAACAGUUAUUGUUUGAUUAUGUUAAAAGUAAAUGCUUACAGGAGAACCAGCAGAGUAGCUAGAAAAAAUGUACGCCUGCAAUAUGGGGACAAAUUAGAGAAGACUUUUUUUUUCAUGUUAUAAACUAGCACAUAUACACCCCUUUUAGGAUAAUUUCAAGGAACUGCAUAUGCCAUUUAUGGCAUGAUUAGAUUGCAAAGCAAUGAACUCGAGAAGGAAUUAAAAGUGAGGAGGAGCAUGAUAGGGAGGGAGGACAAAGCAAUCUUGAUGUGAUUGAACCAUUUUGGAUGUAGAAGCACCUUGGCUCUUGGCCAUCUGUUGGUUACAAGAAGUCAGGAGAAUUUCUGGAUCUCUAGUUAAGAACUCUUGCUGUCUACAGUAGCUGCUACCUACAAAAAAAAGUUUUAUUUUGCCAGUUGGACACAGGUGAUUAGAUCCUGGGUUUCCUAUUUCUUGACAUCUCGCUUCUUCCUCCAAACAUGGUUCAUUGCAGACACCACCAUGUAUGUAUGGAAAGGAGCAAUCUAGCUAUGGGCCAUAACCAAAACUACUCCCACAGUGGAGGCAGAUGGAGACUAAGAGUGAGAUCUGGAAUGGGAUCUUCCCUCUUAAUGUAUUAGAGAGUAAUGUGACCUUGGCAUCCCUUAUUAGGAAGAAACUAAUUGUUGGCACUAAUUGGCAUGUCUGGUCCAAGGCUUAGCAUUGUCAUAAACCAUUCCAUUCGAAAAGCACUUUGAAAAAUUGUUCCCUGGGGAUAGAUGGGAUGGUUUAUGCAAGUGAUGCUGAAUAGACUCCUCCCUUCCUCUCCUGCCCCCAGUGGGUCACUAUUCACUUCCGGUUUCUGACAUUGGUACAUAGUUCUGGUGUUCCCACCAGGAAUCAAGAGACACCCCUUUCCACUGACAUUCCCAUCAACAACAUUCCUCGGAAAAGCCUCAAAACAAAGAUCUGCUACCAUUUUGAUGGCACAGAAGGAUCUUAAUUCCCACCUAUAUAUUUCUCCUUUGGACAUGGGAAGAAAAGUUAUUGCUGGUGCAAAGACAGACAGCUGAACAUCAGAGUGUGGCAUUGUGUUCCCUUUUCCAUGUUUUGUUAAUUUCACUGCAAAAUUUUAUUCAGCGUACUUGAAUUUUUUUUCCUCUCCACUUCUUAGAGGCAUUCAGUUAGCAAAGAGGUUGGAGCAACAACUUUUUUUUUUUUUUUGCACAAUUAUAAUUGACAGGUAAUGAAGCUAUUUGUUAAAAUAUUUGCCUUUUUUUUAAGUAAAAAAGAAAAAUCAGAACAGGGCUGCUCUGAAGAAUAAUUUUAUACACAGAUUCUGCCUUGUUUCGUAGUGUGAGGGUUGAAGAAUGGAGAAAAAUCUAAGGUUCUCUUAUUUUUCAUUUUAUUGUGUUCAGUUUUUUAUUAUUUUUUUUUUUGCGCUGCUAAGAAGCUAAGAUCAUACAUCCUAUUCACAUUAACAGUACCUAGCUGUAAUGUUUCACAGAGUGUGCUGCUAUUUUAUAAACAUUUUUAUAAUAUAUUAUUUUACUGCUUAAAUUCCAAGUCCUGAAGUAGAUGGUUGAGAUGUGAGUUCUCCGUACUGGAAAUGCCCUUCCGUAGUUUGUUCUGGUAGCGUAUUCAUGGGUUUUUAAAUUUUUUUUCCUUUGGGUUUUUUUUUCUCUCUGAUCACAUUCUUCAAGGACAGAGUAUUCUUUACCUCAGGUUUACUGGACAAAAUCAACACCUACGAAAGAAAAUGAUUCACAUUUUUGUUUUCAUAAUACCUCACAACCGUAUAGUUUCUGCUUGGGAGCCCACUGGAGUGGGGAGAGGAGAAGUCUGGGGAGGAGGCAGCAGGUCCCUCUCAGGCGGAGGGCAGAGUAGAUUGGCCCCAGGGUCUCACACCCAGGGACCUUUCCAGUCAUGAAGGUCAUCAGGCUUCCAUUCUGACUCCAGUAUCCUCAUCAUGAUGGAAAAAAUACAACUGAACCAAGGGAUUUCCCCUCCCUGCCCAAGGCAGACAUUUAGCACAAACGAUGCAGUGGUCUAGGAAGUCAGAAUUUGCACUUAGGUACCAGGUAUCAGGAGACAGAUUAAAGAGAAUUCCAGCAGGCUAUUUGGAGAUCCUCAUCUUCUGGCCCUUUCUUCUGUUUGAGGUCCUUUCAUCUUGAAAAGUUUCCCCCCUUUUCCCUUCCUUGGCACGGGCACCCCCAGUUUGGGAUGAGCUCAGAGGGUUUUCUGGGGAUGCAGCUCUGCAGCAGGCAGUUGCUGGUGCCCCUCACCCACCUGUCGGGCUGCGGCAGGCAGCGCUAUGCAAGGCCAGGUCCUCUGCUAAGUGGCACUAAGUGGUUUUCAGGUAUUCAAUUGCAUUGAACUGGCAUGAUUGGAAAACAGGUCAGAUGAGUAUUGGACUGGGUGUGGAAUGCAGGCGGAGAGGCUGCUUCACUACAGAGAUGCAGUUCCAAGUGAGUCAGUCUCCAGUAUACUGAAGGGUGUUUAGAAGGGGUCAGGACUUGGUGAGUCAGCAUGACCCUAAAAUUCUAGGGAGUUUCUGGUGGGGCAGCGGGUGGUGGAUGGCGGAAGGUUUGGGGAGGACAGCUGAGCAGCCAGAGUUUUGUCAAGGGCCCACUUGGUGCAGGACACUCUUCUGGGCCCAAGGACUUGCCUAGAAUGGAAGAGGCAUGGUCCUUAGAGUUCUUGGGAGGCUUGGAGCCUGAAGAGAAAGCGAGGUGCACAUUCACUGAGCAGUGACUAGUGAACGGAGAAGCUGACAAUGCAGGAAGAGCAGACCAGCCGACCCCUGCUGCAGUCUGACCACCUGCAGCCCGAGUCCCUGGUGCUGCUGCUGCUCCUCUCCACCCUGGGCCCGCUGUGCUGGGAGCUGUGGGGCUGCUGGGAAGGUGCUGGGCACCUUGGCUUUCUGCCGGCUCCCUCCUUAAGCAAAAGGAGGAAGCCUGGAGUAGGUGAAGUGGCUGAUACUGUCCUUGGGUCUUGGCGUCCUCCCUGGGAGUUCAGUCCCAGAGGACUUCAGUAACCCUCCAUGGACUUUUUUCUUUCUCACCUCCCACGAAAGGGUUCCAACCCAGUCUGGUCUUUUCCUGCCUGUUGUCUUCCUCCCCCUUCCUUACUGGCUCCUCGCUCUGAAUUUUUAUUGUUGUCUUUCUCCAUCACUGGGGGCUGAGUUGUUCCCCUAGCCUGUCAAAUUAUGUUCCUUCCCCCAUUUUGGCCAAAUUCUAAGGGGGAAGAUCUUAGUAUGCCAAAAACAUAUGCUAAGCAUAAUUCAGUUCCAUGCGGGUUUGUAACAGCCAAGAAGCCUGCAGGUGGAAGCAGGGGACAGGUCCUCAGCACUGUCUCCACAAUCUGAGAGGAGCUUCUCAGAGUGUGUGUCGGGGUGCUUUUCUUAGAGGAGGCUUUAUUCUGGAACUGCCCCAGGACCCCACUGAGGAGCUCACCACAGCUUACAGGUGCUGCCUGUACUCCGGGCUUUGUACAAGAGGCUCUGCUCUGCUGCUUUCCCCACCCAGGUCAGGGGCAGGUGGGACUUGGGGCAAGCAGCCCCGACUGCAUCGCACUGCAUGCCUUUGCUUGCAGGUGGGCUUCCUUUCAGAGGCAGCUGUAGCUUUCCUGUGGUCCAGCGCCAUUAGGCUUCCCAUUCUGUCCUGGGAGCUCUGGGACUGACAGGUUGAGGACACUGGGCAGGAUUGGAUGACUCAAAGAGGGCAGGGGAAUUUUCUCUCCAUGGGCCACGGGGCAGGGCUGAGACAAGAAAUAGACUUGCACCUUAUAUCAUGUAAAUAAUGAUUUUCUAGUUCAAGAAGAUAAUGGUAGUGUGGGAAUGCGAGGUAGGAAUGGGAAGGAGGUCUGAGUAAGCCAGUUGGCUUCUAAGCCAAAAGGAUUCCUUUGUUUAUCUUUGAGACAGUCCAACCCUGAGAAUAGCUUUAAAAGGGAAAUUAGUGCUGAGAUGGUAAAGUCCCUGUAAGCCAACAAACCGUAGCUGUAGAAUGGGUGCAGGCUUCUAAUGGUGUGGGCGCAGAGCAGUUUUCAAGAGCUGUUCAUGCCAUUGUCCAUUUGUACAAAAUAGGGCAGGCGGACUCAAGAGGAUGCUUAUGACUUCCUCAUACCGUGUGGCUUUUCAUGAUUCUGGAUUCUAAACAACCCAGAGCAGUCAUUCCGGCCAGAACUAUUCUACAUUGGUGUGUGUCUGCUUUUUUAGACUUGCCUGGGCCAUCAGACCCUGUUCUUGGCUCAGGUUUCAAGAAGCCAUCAGCAAAUGUAUUCAUGUAUGCUGGAGUUGCAACAUUUAUUCCUUUGCCUGCAGCCUACUUUGGGGAAAAAAAGUGCCUUACUGACUGUAGCCAUUACAGUAUCCAGUGUAUUUUGACAGGUGCCUGUCCUAUAAAAAAUAAAUGUUUUGUUUUGUUUAAUUGGUUUUAGCUCUUACUGCUUGCUGGCCAGCUCUUAAAUCCCCAGCAAAUCAACGGGCCAUUGGAUUUUUUCCAUUAUGUUCAUUACCCUUGUACCAUGUACCUCAGAUCUCUCUCAGUUACAGUUUCUCGUCUUGGACUUCUUUUAUUAUUAUAAUAAAUUUUUUUUUUUUUUUGCUUUAAAACAAGUGUGAUGCCAUAUCGAGUCAAUGUUAUUCUCUCACAGUGUACUCUAUAAGAGGUGUGGGUGUUUAUUGGGUCGGGAUGUUAGCAAGUGCUAAAGUAGCAUGAUCAGUAUAAACAAGGUUUUUAGGAAGUAUGGAAAAAUGUUUUAUCAGCUAUGAUGAUGGUGACAUGGUAUAGUCAGCUACCUUUUAAGAGGUCCUAUCUGUUCAGUGUUAAGUGAUUUUAAAAAAUAACAAUCUGUUAUUCUGACUAGUUUAAAGAUGGAUUUGAAAAUGGUUUUGGAUGCAAUUAGGUUAUGCUAUUUGGACAAUAAACUCACCUUGACCUAAA